GGAGCGUCAGUGUUGUGAAAAGGAUGAGAGGUCGCCGCUAGCCGGCUAUGGCUAUGGCUUCAUUAUUUCUUACACCAUUAUGAUAGAGAACGAGAAGAUUCUUAAAAGUAUCAUCAGCUAAAAAGUUGCUAACAUGGCGGAUCUUCCAGCAAGUGAACAACUUGUCAACAAAGCGACGGCGUUUCAGGCGACGGCUGAGGCUUACUACAGCAUUGCCGUAGAGAAAGUGAAGGAUGUUGUAUCUGCUCUGCCUGAUGAUAUAAGACCUGGGCCAGAUCUCUAUGGAGUACCAUGGGAACCAGUCAUUAUAUCUGGCCUGGUGGGACUAAUCACAAUAUUAAUUUUUGUCUGUAGAUGUUAUAGUUCUGUCAAAAGCAGAAUGUAUCGAAGUAAAGAACGGCGGAUGGCUGAACAAGUUGCAGAACUACUAGAUGAGAAGUGCAAGGUUCUUGAGACCUUGAGUAAAGUUCAACAAGAGUUUAAUGAAGUAGAGAAUUCACUCAGAGACAGUGGUGUCUUAGCCCAAACUCAAAGGACUAUACAGCUGGAGGCCAAAGCCAAACAGUUGGAACAUACUAAAAGAGAGUUUGAGAAUGAUCUUGAACAACUGAAGGUCCAGUUGAAUCAACAACGAGAACACAGGCUAGAACAAGAACAGAGGAUAAUGGCUCUGGAAGACAGUAUUAAAACUUCUGAAGAGGAAACUAAAAUGUUCCAGUCACAAGAUGAACAGGCACAAACCACUCUUAAAGUGUAUAGUAUGAACAGUGACAGACUACAGAGGAACCUGGAGACAGCUGGGGAGGAGAAUGCCUUGCUACAGGAGAACAACACACAUUUGCGCCAACAGUUGGAAGGUUGGGCAGAACGAGUGAGUGAAUUAGAACAAGAGAUGAGAAGGUGUGAACAUUCGCAUAGUGGAAUGCUGCAAGAUGUUGCCACAAAGGAUGAACGCAUAACGUCUUUGACAGAUCGGCUGCUGCAAAUGAAAGCAUGGGAUUCAGACCUUGAGGAGGAACAAGGAGCUGAAGAGGAAGAAACUUUAAAUGGACCUGCAGGAUGUAAAGAGACCAAUGGAAAACGAAAUAUUACAGGUCCACAGGGGCAUCUCCAAAAAGUCCAAAAACUCAUUCAUGCCGCUAAGUUAAAUGCAGACCUCAAAUCAGUAGAUGAAGACAAGGACCGCAUUUUUGCCAAGUUAAAUGAUGAAGUUAAAGCAAAGGAUGAUCUUCAAGAAAGCAUAAAAGAUUUGGAAAGUGAGAAAUUAUCGCUACAGUCUGACUCUAAGCACUACACUGAUCAGGUGCAACUACUGCAACAGAAGCUUCAGAUUAUGACAGAAAUGUAUCAGGAAAAUGAACUAAAGCUGCAUAGACUGCUGACCGUUGAGGAAAAAGAACGUCUGCAGAAGGAAGAGAAGCUGACCAAAGCUGAUAAGAAUAUAGCGAUGGCGAUGGAGGAACUUAAUAAUUAUAGACAACGAGCAGAAGAGAUGGAGGAAGAGCUUGAGAAAACUAAACAGUCGUAUCAGACUCAAAUAUCAUCACAUGAAAAGAAGGCUCACAAUAACUGGUUGGCUGCCAGAUCAGCAGAAAGAGAACUUGCAGACAUCAGAAGAGAGAAUGCUCUUCUCAGACAAAAACUUACAGACACACAAUUCAAAUUAGAAGCCAUUGAAAAAGAUCCAUAUGCUUUGGAUAGCCUGGCCAGGCCAUUGCCGUUUAGGGCUGAAAGAUCUCCUUAUGGGGCGUCUCCACUUGGCCGGCCUGCUUCUGAAACUAGAGCCUUUCUUUCUCCUCCAACGCUGAUGGAUGGUCCACCAAACAGAUUAUCUCCAAGAGUAAUGCGCGGUCCAUUAGAGCCUCUGCUUGGACCAGGGGAUACAGAGCGGCCUGGAGGUUCUCAUUCAGACAGUGGUUCAAUCUCCCCCACAUGGGAGAGGGAUCGUAGGGGACCCCCACCAGGGCCCAUGUCAGGGCCCCUGCCUGGGCCCCCAGGCCCCAUGGCCCCACCAGGUUACAUUUUCCCUGAACCAGGAGGGCCCAUGUAUAGAAGACCACCACCAGGACCAAUGGGCCCUCAUCCUACCCCUGGACUCCUCCCACCCAGGGGUGUCAGACCACCAGGACCACCUUUAGACAUGGCAGAUGGGCCUUAUAGAGAAAACAGCUUGGGACCUGCUGAACAUGAUCUCAGAGAGGCAGGUCCUGGUGAAAGAAGGACUCCUCCUGAGGCAGAUCUGCGAAUGGGAGGCAUGCCACCUCCAGGGCCUCUGAUGGGGCCAAUGGAUGGUCCCUUUCCUCGUAGAGCACCUUAUGGUCCUCCACCCCCAGAGUAUUACCUGCCAAGAGGACCGGGCGGGCCCCCUAUGCCAAUGUGGGGCCCUCCACCACCCCCUGGGAUGAUGUACCCUCCUCGUUUCCCUCCUGAAGGACCACCUCCACCGAACAUGGGCCCAUACAGCGGCCCUCCUAUGCGACCCCCUGCACCUGAUGGCCAUCCUCUUCCAUCCAUAGCCCCUCCUCAACCACCUCCCCUUGCUCCGACACAGAGGCAGUCAUCAGAAGAGCGCACACAGUCCCCUCAAGAUAUAAUUUGAAUCGUUUCUAAGAAUAAAAUGAACAGGUUUUACUCUGUAUGUUGCUAAAUUAUUCCCCAAUUUGAUUUACAUUGAUUAUGUCCUCUUAUUUGCCUUUUAGCUGUAAGUUAAGUGGAAGGGCUGCAUUACAUUAUAAAAAGGACUUUGGAUGGCAUUUCACUAUUGGACAUGUAUAUUGAUCUGUGGGUCAAUGAAAGAUGGUUUUAUUUUGUAUUUUAAAGAAACUUUGUAUUGAAUGUGGUCUGAGACAUGGUCCCUCAUUUUAAAUUUCCAAAUAGGACAUUUUAAGGAAGUAUUAACUAAAACAAAAUGCCAUGUUUUAGCAUAGCAUGAGUUUGCCUUUGUUGUUUAACAUGGGUCAUCUUGUUACAUUAAUGUCAUAUGCUUAAAAGCUAUAGCUAUAGCUCUCGCAGUAAUUACUAAAACAGGAUCUGAUUUUUUUGAGAGAAAAACCUUUAUUUGUGAAUUUUGUAAAAAAUAAAAAAAUAAAUUAAUAAAGAAUAUGAAAGAUAAAGACUUCAAUUUUAAAA